AUGCAGCGUUCAUUUCAAUUCGUUCGUACUUAUGCUACAAAGAGUAAAACACCCAACUUAAAGUUUAAGCCAAGUGUUCCAGUUAAAGAAACAAACCUUGCUGAAGGCAUCACAUUUAUUGAAAGACAACCUGUUGUCCCUGCUGAACGUCAAGCCACAGCUGCUCCUUUGUUACGUCAAAGAAAGCAAUACAACACACUAGGUGAUAAAGAGAUUAACGAAAUCCGUCAAUUAAGAGAAUCAGAUCCUACUGUUUGGACACGAUCAGCAUUAGCAAAAAAGUUUGGCUGUUCUGAAUUAUUUGUCAGUAUGGUUGCUCCCUUGAAGAAUCCAGUUGUGCAGGAGCAAAUUGCCGAUCAUGGUUAUAGACGUCAAUUAAUUAAAGAAAACAGACAAAGAAGAAAGGCUCUAUGGUAA